UUUUUAAAAGAAAUUGAUGCAUAUGAAAUGAAAGUCUUGGAUGGUGGAGGGAUGAAGUCAAGACGAAUGAAUGAAGGCAGACGCUACGUGGGCUUCCAAGAACUCACCACCGCAAACUCCUAGAUUCCAGAACAACACGCUCACUUUGAUGAUCUACUCCACCACUCAUCCUUGAUUCCUCACAAUCCCAAAACCCCCACAAUCACAAACAAUUCAUGGACUUAGAUUACAAUCCCAGCCGAAAAUCACUGAUCAAGAACCGGUGGGUGGCCACCGCCGCCAGCAUAUGGAUUCAAUGCACCAGCGGCUCUCUCUACACCUUCACCAUUUACUCCUCAAUCUUGAAGUCCACUCAGGGCUACGAUCAAUCCACCCUCGACACCAUCUCUGUCUUCAAGGACCUCGGCGCCAAUGCUGGCCUCCUCUCCGGCCUCCUCUACUCCGCCGCCCCCGGUCGCCCCUGGUUCGUCCUCCUGGCUGGGGCGCUCCAGUGCUUCUCUGGUUACUUUCUCAUGUGGCUGACGGUCAAUGGGGCGCUGCCGCGUCCCCCGUCGGCGGUGAUGUGCUUCUACAUGCUGCUGGCCGCCCAUGCCAUGACUUUCUUUAAUACUGCUAAUGUGGUCACUGGGGUGCACAAUUUUCCUAAUUACAGUGGCACUAUUGUUGGGAUUAUGAAGGGCUUUCUAGGUUUGAGUGGAGCCAUAUUGAUUCAAGUGUAUCAGACAAUUUUCAAGAACAAACCAAGUUCAUAUCUACUGCUACUGGCAGUGCUGCCCACAACUACUUCACUUCUGCUCAUGGGGUUUGUAAGAGUCUUUAAAACGAACGAAGAAGACGAGAAGAGGCACUUGAAUCAUUUCUCGUUUCUGGCUAUUAUUCUGGCUGCCUAUCUUACAGCUAUGAUAAUCAUUCAACACAUUCUCAAGUUAAAAUUGUACAUUCGCGUCAUUACAUUUGUUCUACUCAUGUUGUUGCUGACAUCCCCUAUUUUCGUUGCAAUUCAAGCCCAGAGGGAUAAGUCGUACAGGCUCUUAAAAUCCCUGCUCGAGCACAACCAAGUUUCAGACGAGAGAGACCUGCCGGCUGAGGAGGGUACAAGUAUGGGACAAGAUCAUGGUGAAUAUCACGAGGCCUUGAAUGGUACGACUGAUGACACUUUGGAGUUGAGAGAAGAUCUAAAUCUCCUAAAAGCAAUGGGAACCAUUAGUUUCUGGCUUUUGUUCUUUACGACUAUGUGUUCCAUGGGCUCGGGACUUGCCACAGUGAAUAAUAUGAGUCAGAUAGGUGAAUCUCUUGGUUACACUACCUUAGAGAUCAACACUUUGGUUUCUCUAUGGAGCAUCUGGAACUUCCUCGGUCGUUUUGGAGCCGGCUAUAUUUCUGAUUACUUCUUGCAUGUGAAAAGUUGUCCAAGGCCAUUGUUUAUCGUAAUAACUCUAGCAGCCAUGAGCAUCGGCCAUUCCAUGAUCGCUUUCGGUUUCCCUGGUGCUCUGUACGUCGGUUCAAUUUUGGUUGGUGUUUGUUAUGGGUCGCAGUGGUCAUUAAUGCCAACUAUUGCUUCUGAGAUAUUUGGAAAAGCGCAUUUAGGUACAAUAUUCAACACUAUCACAAUUGCAGGUCCGGUGGGAUCUUAUAUUCUUUCUGUCAGGGUGGUCGGCUACAUCUAUGACAAGGAAGCGUCCGAGCAUGGAGGGGCAUGCAUUGGAACUCGCUGUUUCAUGCUAGCGUUUAUUAUCAUGGCCUCUGUUACUGUCUCUGGUUUCCUCGUUGCCUUGGGGUUGUUGUUAAAGACAAGAAACUUCUACAAACAUGUCGUACUAAGGAGGCUUUUGCAUUCGUUACGACAUAGUAUGUUGCCGGUUGAUGACUUAAACUAAGAGAUUAGAUUUCUGCAGACAGUACUAGCAGUACAUGUGUGUCACUAUUGAAUAUUUGCCGCGAAUACGAUUAGGAACUCGUUGACAGAUUGUGAGACGUGUUCAGAACACAGACUUGCAGUCGAUAGGUUAGAAUGUAAUAUUGAGUUAGAUUCCAUACUAUAUCUAAUACCGGCUAUUGUUCUAGGUACAAGAGAAGUGUCCCUAUGGGUAGGGUAUAUGUGAUUCUGUACAAAAAUGAUCUCUCUUUGAUGAUUUGUGCACGGACAUACCUUUUUGGGUUUAUUUAUUCAUUGCAUUUAUGUA